CCCGGGCUGCGGGCAUCGCCGGGAGAGACACUCCGCUGCCGAGCCCAGCGGCUGCCGGCGGGCCCGGGCUUAGCCAGGACAGUCCUCACCCCCCUUUCCCUGCCCCAAAACUCGGGAGUGGAACAAAAAACGGGUUCUUGUUGUUUUCCCUCUGGUUUCUGAGCCGGUAGGGUGCUCUUGCUUCAGGUGUCCAAGCGUUUCUCUGCAGCCACAGGGGUUAGAAACGUAUAAAACAAGACACAAAAUGGAGCUGCUCAUGUAAUUGCUUGGCUGCAGGAGCUUUAAGAAAAACACCAAACCCUGAGAUUUAUGAUGAAACCACACUAGCUGGCAGUCCUGUGAACAGUAUGGAUCACUGGCUAGGGCUGUCCCAUGAAGUCCACAGCCAGAGAGCUUCAAUAUCCCUUUUGCACUUCUAACAACCUGUUCCAAAGAGAUCAAAACUAACGUUUAUUGUGAAGUCCAUUGUCAAAUUUGCAUGGAUUUGGAGGUUAAAGGAGUUGCUGCAUCUCCUAGAGGGCAAGCUGAGCUGUCAUCAAGGGGGAAGAAACUUAGUCAGGGAUGGAAACCAAAUAUACAAGCAACUCAUGGCCUUCGUCCAGCUGAGGUGCCAUGCCUUGAUUUGGGCAAGUUGGGGUCUUCAGAUGAAGAGGAUGGAGAUUCUUACGUACCAUACAGUAAGAGGUUUCCUCGCAUUGGCCCUCCAGAUUCAUCUUCAACUGUUAGUUGGGGUACACCAUUACAGACUCCUUAUGCACAGCAUCAUCAGAUACAACAGCUGGCUAGAAAACAUUGUCAGAAGAAAAUGGAGCUUUCUUUGGAGCAAAAGACAAUACCAGAAAAUCUGCCAUCCCCAACAGACAAAUACAAACUAAAAUACCAGCAGUAUGAAGCAGAAAUGAAAGAGGGAUAUAAACAGUAUUCUCAGAGAACUACAGAAAAGAAAAAAAACAAUGCCCAGUCUCAGGAAUCUUCAAGAAAAACAGCACAUAAAAAGGAUCCACAGCUUGAAGACAGGACUGAUCAUGAUCUUACGGCUCUUGAUGAGAAAGCCCUCUUGCAGCAAUGCUAUACAAGCAAGCCUUACACAAUGCAGCACAGUAUAAGGAAGUUAGAAGCUGAGGAUGUAGCUGCAGAGAGGAGAAAGCAAACUGUAGUAGAGCAAGUGAUGGUGGAUCAGUUAUCUAGGGCUGUAAUAAGUGACCCAGAGCAAAGUACAAAUAUCGGUACUUACCAGAGAGAUCGGACGUUUGCAGAUCUUGGGACAGCACCAUUGCGCUUUAGAAAAAGAACAUUACAUGAAACAAAAAUAAGGACCAGAUCGGCAUUAACUGAAAAUGUGCUUUCUAAUAAGUUACGCUUUGAUGGCAGAAUUCUAUCAAGGAACGGGCGUGAUGCUUGCAGAGAGCUGAUUGGAUUCUUUUUUAUGUAUGACACAUCUCUUACUGUAUAUGAAUAUCGACAAUUUGGAAAAAAUAGAACAAAUGCCCUACCUUUCAUUCAGAAAGGAGUUUAUAGUCAUCAGCAUGGACAAAGAAAAGGACAACAAUAUGAUCUUAGUGACUUUUAUGUUGGUGCUAACCUGACUUUUCUGAGUUGCAAUCUUAGCCUUCCAGAAAGUAUUAAACAGAACCCAAUACUUACCCUUCGUGUCACAAAUAUUGAUGAAGCUGCAAUGGACAUUCUAAAAACUACUUCUGUGGGAAUCAAGCAAGACAUUACCCAGCAAGAGAUUGAUGAGAGCAGAGUUUUCAAAGUUGUUCAAGGUAUACUUAAAGAGAAGCUAAGUAAAACGGGAGUUCGUGUUGUAACAGGAUUAGGAAAAUACUUUCGAGAACUGGAUCGGAAGAGAGAUGGCGCUUUCUCUAAGGCAGUCUUUAAACAAGCUCUAACAGUAUUUCAUUUAGAAGUGCCUGAAAAGGAUUUUGAGUCUUUGUGGCUUAUUCUUGAUGACAACUGUAAUGAUGAAGUUGAUUAUGGGGAGUUCACUCGCGCCAUUAUUGGGGAAAUGAAUGAGUAUCGAAAAGCAUUUGUUAGAAAAGCUUAUAUGAAACUUGAUUUCAACAAAACUGGCAGUGUACCUAUGGUAGAUAUCAGAAAGUGUUAUUGUGCCAAGAAACACUCUCGAGUGUUGUCAGGUGAUGCCACAGAGGAAGAAAUUAAAUCUUCAUUUCUAGAAACACUAGAGGAUGCCUGCAGCAAUUCCGGUGAAGUGUCAUAUUGUGAGUUUGAAGAUUACUAUGAAGGAUUAAGUAUUGGAAUCAUGAAUGAUGAAGAUUUUGUUAAUAUUUUAAGGAAUGCUUGGGGAAUUUAGAACUGAAGAAUAUAUAGAAUGUCAAAAAAAACCACCACUCCAAAUGAGGAGUAAAUUAAGUGAGGAUUUAUUUUUGAUGCAAACUUUAUUUCCUAAGCUGUUUCUAGAGCUCUGAAUUUGUAUGCACUAAAACACAUUCACUUUUUUACUUUUUGAAUGAAUGUUUCAAAUUUGUUUUAAUAGUCUGAAAAUAUUUGAGAGUAAAUUUUCAGAAUGGUAUAUAAGUUAUACAUAAAGCUCCCUUUGAAUAUUUCUUUUAUGUACAUUUUGUGUUUUAUUAAACUGUAAAAUUUGUAAUAGCUUUGUGCAUUUCCAUCUGGCAGCAGGAUCACUUGUCUCAUUAAAAUACUGUAGUUUAUUUUAAAAACAGUAAUCUAGAAUAUAAACAUAGGUGAAAGGAUACAUGCAAGAGAAAACUUACUAUGCAUCAUAAAUACCUGUUGUAUUGUUGAGAAGCUUUAGAUUUGACUAUAUAUGUUAUAUAUGAACACAGUGUUUUUUCUCUAAAAUGUGUUGCUCAUAAAAGAGGACGUUUGUUUUAUGAAAUGCGUAGGGCCAGAUUCUGCUUGGCUCUUACGUUGAUGAGAAGGAUGCAAGUCAUCCCUCUUAUCUCCCCCGAGUUGGAGAGAGAUGCACAAUACCAAAAAUGCAUAGAAAAUUAAGAACAGUGUAUACCAUCUUUUAAUGUUCUAAUUUUCAGAGCAAAAUACAGCUUGUUUUGAAUAUAUUUACUGAUCUUCAUCAGACAUAGUAGAUUGAACCACAGGUUCUCCAAAGAUUUUAAAGAGAUGCUUUUGACUAGAGUUUGGAUAUACUGUGCAUAUAGGUUGGAGAAAUGUGUUCCAGGGCCUGUAAUGUACUUCAGGCCUUACAACUUUUUGCUGAAAUGUUUUUUCAAACAAAUAAUAAUUUACUCUUUCUAGAUUGUGACUUGCAUACAUUCUGCUGCUAUGAUCGUUAUUUUUGGUGGAACCUUAAUGGUAAACUCCUUCGUCCAAACUGAUAGGUUAAAAAAAAGAAAAACCUUUCUAAGAAAGCAGCAAUUACAACUAAAAAAAUUAAAUUUCUAGUCCACACCCCGCUCAAAUUUUUCUUACUACUGUAAAUAUUUAAUCAGUUGUGCCUUUUAAUAAGAUAUGUUUUGUGAAUCCUGAAAGAUUCAUUGUAUUAAGAAAUGGAAAAUGCCUUACUGAUUUUUUUCUAAUUAUAUUUCAUAAUAGUCUUGGUGAAAGAUAUCUUUAACACUAGGGCCAGUUUGGAAUCAGACUAUAUAUGUUCAGUCUUGUGCUAUUAAAAUGUAGUUUGCUUUGUACUUGUCUGAUUGCAUUUUGAUUUAUGAUCUGUCUUGUGUUCCGUGGACAGCACAAGUUUCUUCUGUCAGACAAAACUUGUUGCUCACAGGAAUUUGAGGACAACCUUGAGAUUUGUUGGACUUUGGUCAAUCUCUUUGUCAGGCUGGUUUAUUCUAUCUAUAUAACCUUUUCCUUUGCCUAUUUUUUAACUCAUGCCCCCUUGCUGUCUGAUUGUUAGUUUCUUGUAGCCCCUGCUCAUUUUGAACCCUUGCUCAUUUUUAACAUCUCUUCCUGCUGUAUUUACUAUUUUUAUGUUUAACUUUCGGUUUUUAUAUUUUUAAUGUUCUGUUUCUGAUUUUUGUUUAUUGUAACCAUUUCCUAUUUAACCAUGUCUUGUGUAGCUUAUGUUUACCUCUUAACUCUUAUGUAAUUGUCCCUCACUCACUUUAUUUCCCCUCCCUAAUAAAGAUGUCCCUUUUCCUUUCACAUUACCCAUUGUCAUUCUGUGAUAAUUUACCCAUCAAUUCAGCUCCAAGUGAAGGUUUAUCUCUGUUCUUUUGGUCCACCAUAAACAUGUAUCCAUGUCUGCUAUUAAAGAAAGUUCCAUGAAUGCUUA